AUGGUACGCACGAGGGCACAAGUUGCGAAACUCGGCCCAGAAGAACUCGAAGAAGAGACGGGGCCCGAAGGAGAACAAGCAAAGAAGGUUACUCGUCAGAAGAGCAAACCGCCCACAGCCAAGCCAGGCAAGAACAUCGAUGAUAGCAUCUACACCCUCUCAGAACAAGAGGCUUGGUCCAAAUACCGCAAAUAUAUGGCAACCCGCAUACGCAUCACCAUGGAACUGAUGGAGCUGGGGUACAAAAAGGCCGCUAUCAAAGAUGUGUACAACGUUCGCGCUGGGUUCCGCAGUACUGCAGAUCGUGUCAACUUCACUGAAGAAGCUUGGAAGAAGAUGAAACCUGAGCUGAUUAGAAUCCUCGACAAGAGCGUUAGAGCUGACGAAGAGGCGUUGCGGAUACAGCUGACGAAUGAACAAUCCCGGCGAUACAAGAAAAAAAUGGCACGACUCCGCACUAUCCUCGAUGCAUUUCUUUCCACCCCUGUUGCCGGCUCACUCACUCGUGAAGAGAAGCUUGUCCUGUCUUUCAACCAGGAUCCAUCACUCGGCAUUCGCCUUAUGCCAGACAUUGCCAUGCGAAAUGACAGCGAGGCGAAUACUACAAGGGACCUCAUCCUCCACUGGCCGCAAAUUAGGGAAAGGCUUGCUCAGGCUGCAUCAAAAUUUAAGCAGGAAAUCAUCAAUCUUUAUCCCCGCAACCGUUUUAUAUGGCACUUCCCCGAUGAGCACUUCAGUCCCACAUACGCGAUUUUUCACCUCCGAUGCACUCGCAAAAUCUACAAAGUGCACAGAGAGCACUGGACUUUACGCCAGGCGAACUUCAACAAAACAAGGAGUUCUGGCUCGACGGGCAACAUCAUCCUCAUCUCACAUCGCACCGCUUUUCGAAUCCACCGCGGCAUGCUUUCCAGACACUCAGAUGUCUUCCGCGACCUCUUUACCGUCCCUCAGCCCGCGAUAGAGGGGAGGCUCUUUGAUUGUCCAGUUAUCCACCUACCCGAAUCACCCGCUGAUCUGCGGUAUUUGCUGGGAGUACUGUACGAUGGCAGAAAGUUUUGUCUUGGCCGCGAUGAACAGCUACGGUUUCAAGAAGUGGAGGUGCUCGUCCGUCUCGCUCAUAAGUAUCAGAUUUAUGACCUUUGCAAACAAGGCCUGGAAAAACUCAAGACGAUAUUCACGCACGACUUCGCUACGUGGAAUGCAAAUUUUCCGGAUUCAAAGGGCACAUCGGAGAUAGAUGUCAAGGAGAAGGACGGUAUCAUGGCGAUCACCCUGGCGUACUCCACGGGCGCAGUUUCUAUGCUACCCAUAGCUUUCUACCUCUGCAGUAACCUGCGUCUUCGUGACUUCCACCAAGGCGUUUCUCGCCAUGAUGGUACGGUUGAGCGACUGUCCGUUGUUGAAGUGGAGACUAGUGACGUGGUUGGGAAGAUCAAGCUCUACAGUGAUGCCAACCCCCGUUGCUCAAGGAGCCCGCUGUGUGCGAAGGAGCUGAAUGCCAUGCGUCUUGCCCUGGAUUCGUUCUCCAAUAACUCAAUAAUGUCCCACCGCAGUCUGCACAACUCAGAUGGAAACCUGGAAGCCCUCGGGGAAGGGUCUAAUCUGUGCAUUCCCUGCAUGCGAUUCGUGGGGUGGCGUGAUUUACAAAGGCGACGCGAUAUCUGGGAGAACCUCCCUUCCUUCUUCGGCUUGGAUAGCUGGGAAUGGCUUCGGGCUGACGAGGCUGAAUCGUCAACGACCAACUGA